AUGGCUGGCAUCGCUACUAGAUAUGUAACAGAAAACGAGUUCAAUACUGAGAUGAGUAUCGAAAAGCUAAGAUACAAUUUUAGCGAAGAACAGGUAUUUGCAUUAAUUCCUAAGCUAACAGCUGGUCAAAAAAAAGGAGGAGCCUUACCCAAUGUUCCUGAUACUCUCGAUAUCACCCAAAAAGCAGAACCGGAUACAGUGAAUACAUGUCAAAUUUUACCGAAAGAGACUAUUAGAGAUUUGGCCCAGUGUAUCAUUCAGGAUAAUCUUAAUGAAGCAGAAGUAAAAGUUAUAGCAAAAGCCUUAGUUGAAUCUGCUUUUAAUGCUAGUGCUAGUUUAUCACGAAUCUCUAGGCUUCGAAGAGAAUUAUCACUAGAGAAGAAUGAGGAGCGAGCUAGAGGAUCGCUUGUAUGGAUUCAGGAAGCAAUUUCUUCUGGACAGUUACGAGACCCUAGAAAACCCAGAGUGUUAUGGUUUAAUACAUUUCUGAAAAAAGAUGAGUUCCUUCCUGAAACUGGCAAACUACUACUUCCUAGUUCUUUGCGCAAAUUAGGGGCGGUAUUUGCAGUUGUUUCGAAUUGUGCGAAGAAUUUAUUAGAGGCUAUGACUAUUGCCAGUGAAGCACUUCGCCACAGUUCUGACAACUAUGCCUCUCCAGCGUAA